AUGCAAUUUAGACCUUUAAGUAAAGCAGCUUUCUUUGUAUUUGUUGCUAAUUUCUUAAUCUUAAUGCAAUUAGGGGCUAAACACGUUGAGUCUCCAUUUAUUGAAUUUGGUCAAAUAAGUACCGUUUUAUACUUCUUCUACUUUACUUUUGUAAUGUAUGGUGUUACUGUUGUUGAAAAUACUUUUGUGGAUUUAAGACACAAAAAAUAG